UUUCCUUUUGACGGCAACGCUUAUCAAGGUCUAGGAGAGUUCAAGACAGCCAUUAAGUACCAUCAACGUCAUCUAGAAAUUGCUAAAGAAGUGGGAGACAAGGCCGGAGAGGGAGCAAGUUAUGGCAGUCUCGGCAACGCUUAUCAAGGUCUAGGAGAGUUCAAAACAGCCAUCAAGUACCAUCUACGAUGUCUAGAAAUUGCUAAAGAAGUGGGAGACAAGGCCGGAGAGGGAGCAAGUUAUGGCAGUCUCGGCAACGCUUGUGACAGUCUAGGAGAGUUCAAAACAGCCAUCAAGUACCAUCAACGUCAUCUAGAAAUUGCUAAAGAAGUGGGAGACAAGGCCGGAGAGGGAGCAAGUUAUGGCAAUCUCGGCAACGCUUAUCAAGGUCUAGGCGAGUUCAAGACAGCCAUUAAGUACCAUCAACGUCAUCUAGAAAUUGCUAAAGAAGUGGGAGACAAGGCCGGAGAGGGAAGAAGUUAUGGCAGUCUCGCCAACGCUUAUCAAGGUCUAGGAGAGUUCAAAACAGCCAUCAAGUACCAUCUACGAUGUCUAGAAAUUGCUAAAGAAGUGGGAGACAAGGUCGGAGAGGGAGCAAGUUAUGGCAGUCUCGGCAACGCUUGUGACAGUCUAGGAGAGUUCAAAACAGCCAUCAAGUACCAUCAACGUCAUCUAGAAAUUGCUAAAGAAGUGGGAGACAAGGCCGGAGAGGGAAAAAGUUAUGGCAAUCUCGGCAACGUUUAUUGCAGUCUAAGAAAGUUCAAAACAGCCAUGGAGUACCAUCGACGUUAUCUAGAAAUUGCUAAAGAAGUGGGAGACAAGGCCGGAGAGGGAGCAAGUUAUGGCAGUCUCGGCAACGAUUAUCAAGGUCUACGACAGUUCAAAACAGCCAUCGAGUACCAUCGACGUCAUCUAGAAAUUGCUAAAGAAGUGGGAGACAAGGCCGGAGAGGGAAAAAGUUAUGGCAAUCUCGGCAACGCUCAUCGCAGUCUAGGAGAGUUCAAAACAGCCAUCAAGUACCAUCAACGUCAUCUAGAAAUUGCUAAAGAAGUGGGAGACAAGCCUGGAGUGGCGUGCUCACUCUAUUUCCUUGGAAACCAUUUUGAGUGCCAAGGAAAUCUUAUGAUGGCCUUUGACUAUUAUUACUCGAGUGUAGAAUUGUAUGAUGAUAUCAGGGCCAGUCUUCAACUCAACGAUCAGUGGAAGAUUACUUAUCGUAAUCUUUACCAAGUAGCAUACAAAGGUUUGUGGCGUAUAAAUCUCAAACGAGGUCAAGCUCUAAAGGCUCUUCUUGCCACAGAGAAAGGACGUGCUCAAGCUCUGAGAGAUCUCAUGGCCACAAAAUAUCAGCCUGGAGAUUCUUUAAUGCAAGGCGCAUCCCACAUUUCUCUGAGGUGCGUUACAUCUAGCACAGUUUUCAUAGCUAUUAAUGGACCAUGCGUUUACUUCUGGGUUUGCCUCAGUGAAGAUAACAUCCAGAUGAAAAAGGUACACGUCAACGAUUAUAAGUUUCAGGAUGAAUUGGAACGUUUCAUCCAGCUGCUGAACGAAACUACUCUGAAGGAGAUCCGUGAAAGAGAUACUGUUAAAAUCGAAAAUCUUCCUCCUGAUUCGUCUACAGAAGAGGAAAAGGCGAAUGAUGUGAUCCGAGUUGAUGUGAGGCACUCCCAGUCAAGUGCUUUAAAGAAGCUACAUGACAUUAUCGUUGCUCCUAUUGCUGACCUGAUCGAAGGCAACGAGAUAACAUUCGUUCCUGAGGGGUCAUUUUGCCUUGUACCUUAUGCAGCGUUGCUGGACUCCAAGUCAUCAUAUCUGAGUGAUUCUUUCAGAAUUCGUGUGCUUCCCUCUCUGACGACGUUGCAACUAAUCCAUGAUUGUCCAGCUGACUUUCACAUGAAGACUGGUGCAUUGCUUGUCGGCGACCCAUGUUUCAAACAUAUCAUCUAUCAGGGAAGACGUUUGGUACAACUUCCAGGAGCAAGGGAAGAAGUGGAAAUGAUCGGACGUAUCCUCAAUGUUCCCCCCCUCACUGGAGAAAUGGCAACAAAACAUGAAGUUUUAAAACGAAUAACAUCAGUGGCCUUAGUUCACAUAGCAGCACACGGUAAAAUGGAAACUGGAGAAGUUAUCCUGGCACCAAACACCACAAGAGAAAACCCUCAGCCGCAAGAGGAAGACUAUCUACUGACGAUGAAAGAUGUCAUAGAAGCUGGGUUGCGAGCACGUCUGGUUGUACUUAGCUGCUCUCACACUGCUCGUGGGGAAGUCAUGGCAGAGGGUGUGGUGGGCAUGGCGCGUGCACUUUUGGGUGCCGGUGCUAGAUCUGUUGUGGUAACCUUGUGGGAGAUUGGCGACGAGGGAACCCUGGAGUUCAUGAGUUUCUUCUACGAUGCACUUGCCAAAGGCAAGAAGGCAAGUGAAGCUCUCAAUCAGGCCAUGAAGUGUAUGAGAGAAAUUGAAAAGUUCAAGGAGGUAAUUUACUGGGCACCAUUUGUACUAAUUGGUGAUGAUGUCAACCUAGAUUUCAAGGAUAUUGAAGCCGAAACAAGU